GCAUUGUGAAAAAAUAAGUAAAAUAUUUAAAGUUGAAGAGAAUAUAACUUUAUAAGUAACAUAUUAAAUCCACAAAAUGUUUACGUUAUCUAUGAAAAUUGUUGCAAGCUUUUGAAUCAGCUAAAAUUAAAACUUGCAAAAUUAUUUUUGUUGGUGUGACCAGCUAUGCUUUAGCCACAAAUAUCCAACUAAAAUCAUUCCACACUGAUUGAAUUGAAUUUGUUCAAAAUUAAAGAACAAUUCAAUUGAACUGACUCCAUUGACACAGAAGUCAAUUCGCGCCCAACGGAAAAUAUGUUUAACAGUUACUUUUUGCACGCCAACCACAACAGAACUAUAUCAAAAUGACAAAGACUAGAGUUUACGUUAUCGGUGUUGGUAUGACCAAGUUCGAGAAACCCGGUCGCCGCGCUGAUGUUUGCUACCCAGACUUUGCCAAGGAGGCAGUGACCAAAGCUCUCCAAGAUGCCAAUAUUAAGUACGAGGAGGUGCAACAGGCUGUUGUAGGCUAUGUCUAUGGCGACUCCACCUGCGGUCAAAGGGCGGUCUAUGAAGUUGGCAUGACUGGCAUUCCCGUCUACAAUGUGAACAACAACUGCUCCACUGGCUCGAGUGCCCUGUAUCUGGGCAAACAGAUCAUCGAGUCGGGCAACGCAGACUGUGUCCUGGCACUGGGCUUUGAGAAAAUGGAGCGUGGCUCUUUAGCAGCAAAGUACUUUGAUCGGGUCAAUCCCAUGGAGCGUCACAUUACCGAAAUGGGAGAGCUGACAGAAAUUGGAGCUGGCCCAAUGGCUGCACAGAUCUUUGGUAAUGCUGGCAAGGAGCACAUGAAGAAGUACGGCACUAAGCCGGAACACUUUGGCAAGAUUGCCUGGAAGAAUCAUAAGCAUUCGGUUAAUAAUCCCUACUCCCAGUUCCGCGAUGAAUACAGUCUGGAACAGAUUAUGAAGUCGCCACAAGUGGUGGAGGGUGUGCUGACCAAGCUGCAGUGCUGCCCUACCUCGGAUGGCUCGGGUGCUGCCAUUCUGGCCUCCGAACAAUUCGUGCGUCGUCAUGGUCUGGAAAAGCAAGCCGUGGAGAUUGUGGGCAUGGAAAUGGCUAGUGAUCCAGAGUCGACCUUUGCUGACAAGAGCCUCAUGAAGAUUGCCGGUUAUGACAUGACUCGGCUUGCCUCUCAACGCCUGUUUGGCAAGAGCGGCUUCAAGCCUCAGGAUGUGCAAGUUGUGGAGCUGCAUGAUUGCUUCUCGGCCAACGAGCUGAUCACCUACGAGGCCUUGGGUCUUUGUGGUGAGGGCAAGGCUGGCGAGUUCAUCGAUAAUGGAGAUAACACGUAUGGCGGCAAAUUUGUGAUCAAUCCCAGUGGAGGACUCAUCUCCAAGGGACAUCCAUUGGGUGCCACAGGCUUGGCGCAGUGCGCCGAGCUCUGCUGGCAGCUACGUGGUUUGGCCGAGAAGCGUCAAGUGGAAGGCGUUAAACUAGCUCUUCAGCACAAUCUGGGUCUAGGCGGUGCCGUUGUGGUAACUCUCUAUCGUCUGGGCUUCCCUGGCGCUUCUAAAGCAAAGUUGUAAAUGGUUUGUUGUUACUUUUGUAAAUAUAUAACGCAUACGUAUUUUUUAUUAUCAAACUUAUCUUGUCAUGUAGUUAUAUGAAGUAUUGCAGCCCAUGUACGCUUGUGUUGUUCUGAUUCAAAUUUGUAUUCACAUGUAAAUUAAUUAUAUUUUCCAAAUUGAAAAAAAAAAAAAAUGAAAACGCAAAGCUCAAAUACCUAAAGUUCGAUAAAUAAAUACCAAACGAAUAAUCGAAUGUGCAAACCAAA